CGGGUGGGUGAACUGACCACUACUGGCCAUUUAGUAUGUCCAUUCACUGCAUUCAGUGAAUUGCAAACAUCUUGGGUUGAGACUGAACUCAUGGAUAACCCGAACAGUAGCUCAUCCCUAAAGAUACUCCAGUUUACAAAUUUAUGACAAAUACAAUAGUGCUUUUUAGAUCUGCCAGGAGUUCAACUUUAAAGGGUGAAAUGAGAUUGGUUGGCAUAAGCUUUCUUUCCAUUUUGUCACUAAACCACUAGGUGUUGGGAAACUGAUGACCUCUUGUAUCCAAGCUAUUAACCCAUUAUAUCAACAGACCCUUGCUUCAUUACUACAAGAAACUUCAAAUGUUCUUUUUUGCCAUUGACCAAGUGAAUAAAAAUCCAAGAAUCCUGCCUAAUGUGACCCUAGGAUAUCAUCUUUAUGACUCGUGUUCGGAUCCCAGAAAAGCCAUAAAAAGUGUCUUACAGAUUUUAUCCGGCCCGGGAAAAACUAUCCCAAACUAUUCUUGCAGAGACCACCAGAAAUUAGCUGGUUUUAUUGGAGACGAGAGUUUAACCACAACCCUGCCUAUGGCCCAGAUAUUAUCUGUAUUAAACCACGUGCAAGUCACUUUUGGGUCAAUGGGUGAAAGAGCUUUGUUUCCCUCUCUUUACAGUACAGUUAAUGACUACUUUAUGAUGUAUCGUUAUAUAUCAGAACUUAUCAGACAGUUUGGAUGGACUUGGGUUGGAAUAAUAACAUCUGCAGAUGAAAGUGGAGAGAGAGCAUCGUUUCAGUUGUUAAGCUUUUUGUCAGAAUUUAAAAUCUGUGUGGCCUUUAUAGUAAAUCAUGGUAUCAGUGUAUCAAAGCCUGAAAGUCGUGCUUUGGAAAGUACAUAUAUCGCCAUUAAAAAAUCAGCUGUAAAAGUGGUCAUACUCUGUGGAACAUAUCAUGAUUUAAUAUUUGAAUCCUCACUGAGAAGAUUAUUCAGGGACAUAACAUUGAUCCUCACUCCCAAUUGGGCCUCAAGUAUUGUUCUUAUAGAAAAGUAUCCGGAGAUGUUGAAUUGUAGCUUAUCCUUAAACUUUUGGUCUGAAGCCGAUAAGAAUUUCAAGAAUUUUGUUGAUGGUUUCCAUCCAAUGAUCCGCCCAAAAGACAAGUUACUUGAAAAUCUGUGGAUGACGACACUUUUCUGCUCGUCGGGAAACAAAAAAAAAGAUACUUUGUAUGAAGAUAUUUAUCAUAUUUCUCUUCACAAUUGUACGGGUCAGGAACAUUUACCGAACCCCGGAGAUUAUUCAUCUAACUGCACUACAGAUCCCGUGUAUUACGCGGUGGAAUUCUUGGAAAACAGUCUGCGUCUUCUGUACUCAUCCCAGAAUUAUUCUUCUCUUAAAGGUCAGGCAGACGAUAAAGAAAAAUACAGACACAAGGUGAGCGCAAAUGUGGCCAAAAAUAGGAGAGGCCUUUAUUAGAUUCCUUCAGUGGAGAU